AUGGCUGACAAUCUCUCUUCAAGACGUGCAAGGUCACCUGCAAAUCCCCAUGCCAAACAAAAUUCUCGAACUGCAAAAGAGCCUAGCUUCCGUAAAAGGGAUUUGGCAAUGUCUGUUGCAAAACCUCCCCCUCCGAAUAUUUGUGGACUUCCAGGUGGUCCUCCUGUUACAUCUCCUCGAAUCAAACUCGGCGAUGGAAGGUAUCUAGCUUACAGAGAGAGAGGAGUUGCCCAAAGAGAAAUCUGA